GAUUUUAUGGGUUAAUAACACCUUUCCUUUUCCAAUUGCAAGCAAAAACAAAUGGCAACCUCAACCAAUGAGGAAGACUAUCAUCUCCAGUAUGCUAUGCAACUUUCAAGUGCAUCAGUGCUGCCUCUGGUUUUGAAAGCAGCAAUAGAGCUAGGUGUGUUUGAGAUAAUAGAAAAGGCUGGUCCAGAUGCCUUGCUCUCAGCUUCAGAUAUUGUCGCUCAAUUUCCCACACAAAACAACCCGGUAGCCCAUAUUCUGCUAGACCGUAACCUCUGCCUGCUCGCAAGCCAUUCUAUUCUUACUUGCUCAGUGUCCACCAAGAAGAUUCAGGAUGGUCAUUCCCAGAGGUUAUAUGGAUUAGCACCUGUGGCCAAAUACUUUACGAAGAACCAGGAUGGAGGAUCGUUGAGUCCCUUUUUAGCUAUGAUUAUGAUGGAUAUGUGGUACCACUUAAAAGACGCAGUUCUGGAAGGGGGGAUUCCAUUUGAAAAGGCUCACGGGAUAAAUUCUGCAGAAUAUCUAAAAAAAGAUGCAAGAUUUUGUGAGCUAUUCAGCAGUUCCAUGAAAAGUUUCAACGUUACAUUUAUGGAGACAAUUCUGGACAUAUAUGAUGGAUUUGAAGGUGUAAAAUGCUUGGUGGAUGUGGGUGGUGGCAAUGGUUCUAUCCUUAACAUGAUCAUUACCAAGUACCCUGCAAUUAAGGGUAUCAACUAUGAUUUGGCUUCAGUUGUGGAAAGCUCACCAUCCUACCCAGGAAUUGAGCAUGUCGCGGGGGACGGAUUCGUAACAAUUCCGAAAGGAGGAGAUGCCAUUUUCAUGAAGUGGAUAACUCACAACUGGGAUGAUGAGCACUUGCUAAAACUGCUAAAGAAUUGUUAUGAAGCUUUACCAGACAACGGAAAAGUUAUAGUGGUGGAUAUGGUAGUUCCAGAAACCCCUGAAACCAAUGUUAAAGCUAAAAGCAUGCUACAGAAUUAUUUGUUCAUAACAAGCAUGAGUCCGCAAGGAAAAGAAAGGACAGAAAAAGAAUUUGAAACCUUGGGAAAGGAAGCUGGAUUUUCUCAUAUUCGAGUUGCUUGUUUUGUUUGUAAUUUUUCAGUAGUGGAGUUUAUAAAAAAAUAAGUGCAUAAUUACUGUUGUAGUUACAUCAGCUUACCCAAUUGCUCAUGUGGUUGCAUUUCAGAAGCUGAUGAUCAAUUCUCAUAGAACUCAAAUCUCUAGUGAGUGUAGCUCUUGGAUUUUGGUGAGGAAGUAGUUCAUAAAUGUUGAAUGUAUUGGAAAAUCAAUGAAUGUUGAAUUUAUCAGCA